AUGGGUGACUAUAAUGCAGUACUUGCGCUCGAGGACAGAGUAAUGGGUAAUCCUGUGGUGGAGGCAGACAUCAGAGAUUUCAAUCAGUUCCUAGUUGAUGCUGCUAUGACAGAGAUGAGAACUGUGUGGAGGGAUUAUACGUGGACCAAUGGACAUGUGAUGAGUAGGAUUGAUAGAGCCAUUGUGAAUUCAGACUGGAUGCAACAAUAUCCCCAACUGGAAGCCUCUGUGCUGGACCCUUAUUUUUCUGAUCACUCCCCUCUAUCUACUAGUUUGGCACCAGUUUGGAACAAGCUCAAACGAGUUAAACUGGCACUCAAGAACCUAAACAACACUGCGUUUGCGGGGGUCGACACGAGGGUAAAAAUUGCCAGGCAACAGUUGAAGGAUAUGCAAGAGAAGAUGAGAAGCAUGAACACACCGAGUGCACUGUUCGGGGCAGAGAAAGAAUUAAGGAGGCAACUGGAGAAAUGGAGUACCAUUGAAGAGAGUGUAUAUAAACAAAAAUCCAGGGUGCAAUGGCUCAAGUUGGGGGACUCUAAUACUGCCUUUUUCCAUGCUUCAAUAAAGAAUCGAGUCAGCCAAAACAUGAUCAGGAGCUUGGUAAGCACAAAUGGAAAUGUGAUCAACACAGAGAAGGGGAUUGAAGAUGAAAGUAUAGGGUUCUAUAGGACUCUAUUGGGCUCCUCUGCUAAGACACUGCCUGCAAUUAACUUAGCUGUGAUGAAAAGACGUAGAAUUCUAGAUAGAGACAAACAAUUACGCCUCAUUGCUCCUGUACAGGCAGCAGAAGUCCUACAGGCUCUAAAUGGAAUAGACGACCAAAAAGCCCCUGGAAGUGAUGGGUUCAAUUCUCACUUUUUCAAAACAGCAUAG